AUGGACCCACUGCCAGCAGCGCCCAAGCCGGAAGACGCCGCCAACUCCCGAGUCGGAACACGCCACCGACCGCCCAGGCCGGAACACGCCGCCAACUCCCGAGUCGGAACACGCCACCGAACGCUGUUCCUCCUACGGAUCGACGUCCACCCGGCCGACGAAAUGGUUGGCCCGAAAGCCACCCCCAGGUGGUGGUUUUUGCCACCACCGAAUAGAAGUUAUUCCCUUAUACAAAACUACAUUUUCAGUUUCUUUCAAAAUAUUUUUGCCCCAAAAAAGCUUUCUUCUUUCCCUUCUCCCUCCCUCCCUCCACCCCACCGACAGCCACCCACCCACCUGCUGAGCACCGUCGACCACCAGCUACCACCACCACCAAACCCCGGUUCGUCCAUUUCCGGCUUCCAUCCACCGUCAAGCUCCGACGACGCAACGUAUAGCUCUAAUGACCCAUCGACCAUUCCGCCACGACUAGCCCAGCCGAGCCACCACCAUCGCCGACGAGCCAAGCCGAAUCACCACCACCGCAGAGGGCUUCGACGAUCCAUCCACCGUAAGCACCGUCUACCACCGCCACCAGCGACGUCCAUCUCCAUCUCCGGCUACAAGCACCGUUUUCCACUGAUAUUCUUACCAAGGAGAUCAUUGGGCGUGGUACUAAACGGGGGGGACUCUACUAUGUGGAUGAUUUUAGCAUGGGCCAGGCACAUCACAUGCAUCAUCCAGUUGACAAUAAAGGGCGGCAGAUUUGGCUUUGGCAUCGUCGACUCUAAACUGCUGUUACCCGUGAGCGGAGCACGUUGGCUUUUGUCACACAGACCUAUGGACUCAGUCUGUCGUCACAGGGGAGAGCCGUACCGAGUUGGGGAUCUUCCCUAGGUGAAGGCCAACCUCGGGUGGUAGCACACACCAACUUAUGGUAUGUUUGCCAUGCUACCCUAUGGGUACCAAUCCUAACUGUAAUAGUGCCUCAGGGUUAAAACAAUUACUGUACAUGAACGUUUUUCUGUAAUACUGUAGGCUCUGCUUUAUCUGUAUACUUUAUUUCAAAACUGUAAGAGCCGUUUUCAUAACUGUA